GAGCACUGACAUGACUAGGGACUAAAAUAUCCCUGAGGUCAAGAUUUAAGAUGCUCGGUUAUGCAAACAACACUACCGGACAGAGCACGACUCCGCGCGGGGGUGGAGCGCGUUGUGCUAUAUGAGCGCGCGCUGAGAAAUUCUACAGCAUUCUUCACAGCUCUUCCAUUAGAUCGUUCAUCAUAUACCACGUUCAGCGAUGAUAAGCAAUCAGCAUCAUCUAUCUAACACCACCUGUCAUCAAACCAUGAGUGGCCAUUCAGUAUAUCAGGACAUGAACUCCUCAGAGUGGCCCACACUUUCUCCAAACUCGUCUUUCAGUCACACAAACCACAGCGAUGAGUCAAGCAGGUCCAAGUCAAGUGCUCCAGCCGCCUGUGAGCAGGUACACAUUGCACCUGAGGUCUUCCUUACACUGGGCCUCAUCAGCCUACUUGAAAACAUCCUGGUCAUCCUUGCCAUUGUGAAGAACAAGAACCUCCACUCGCCCAUGUACUUCUUUGUCUGCAGUCUAGCAGUGGCUGACAUGUUAGUGAGCGUGUCCAACGCAUGGGAAACAAUAGUCAUCCACCUGCUGGCAAACAGGAGCUUGGUGAUUGAGGAUCACUUCAUCCGUCAGAUGGAUAACGUCUUCGAUUCUCUUAUCUGUAUCUCUGUGGUGGCGUCUAUGUGGAGCCUGUUAGCAAUCGCAGUGGAUCGCUAUGUGACGAUCUUCUAUGCUCUGCGUUAUCAUAAUAUAAUGACCGUAUGGCGAGCUGGGAUUCUCAUCGGCAGCAUCUGGAUCUUCUCCACAGGUUGUGGGAUCAUCUUCAUCAUCUACUCUGACACGAAGCCUGUGGUGGUGUGCCUGGUGGCCAUGUUCAUUGCCAUGCUGCUGCUAAUGGCGUCGCUCUACAGCCACAUGUUCCUGCUGGCCCGUUCGCAUGUCAAACGCAUGGCGGCAUUGCCGGGUUAUAACGCCAACAUCAGGCAGAGAGCUAGCAUGAAGGGGGCCGUCACCCUCACCAUACUACUGGGCAUCUUCAUCGUGUGCUGGGCGCCAUUUUUUCUCCAUCUCAUCCUCAUGAUCUCCUGCCCACGGAACAUUUACUGCGUCUGCUUCAUGUCACAUUUUAACAUGUACCUGAUACUCAUCAUGUGUAACUCUGUGAUUGACCCACUGAUCUAUGCGCUCAGGAGCCAAGAGAUGAGAAAGACUUUUAAAGAGAUCUUCUGCUGUGACGGACUACGCAGCCUCUGGAACCUGGUCAGCAAAUAUUGAACAGGAUUCCUGGAAGAACCUGUAGGGAUGGACUGAUGGAUGAAUGUGUGUAUAGAUGGAUGGAUCGGUGCAUAAUUGCAGUGGAGGAGGGGUUGGAGGUAAAGAGCCUGAACCUCUUAAUUAGGAACAGUAUAUAUUAUUUGUACACACAUUUCCAUGUACCUCAUCAUGUGAAAUGUUUUGAUGUUGCAGUGGAUGUUUCAUGUUGUGUUGUAAAAUACUGAAGUGUUCAUAAUAUGACAAUUUGUUAUACAGUAUGUACUGUAUUUAUUAUAAGAAUUACAUCUUCCUUAGCAGGAGAGAGUUGUCAGGUCAAUGCAUUUUGUGCACAAAAACAGCUUUAAUAUUAAUAUGUUGAAUAGAAAUGUGUUCAUUUUCAGAUAUUUUCUUUUUUAUGAAAAAAACCGAAACAGGACAGAAACACAACCAUAAGCAGACAUAACAAACAAAAACAUAAUUACGCAAAUCUAAUACAUGUAUGCAGUAUAGAAACAGUAUAGAAACAUACAAACUGUUGUGAAUAAUAUUGUAGUACAUCUGGGAAACCAUAAAAGUCUUACAAUAUAUGUACCUCAGUGCUGUACAUCAGUAUGCAUGCAAGAUUUGUUAAAAUAACUGUAAUGAAAUUAAAUAUUUCAUUGUCAUGCAAGCAGAGAAUUAUUAUUUUGUAUCAUUGUGAGAUAAAAGAUUCCAUUUAUAAGUGUGUUGUGCAAAUGUGCAAUGAAUGUAAUAUAAACAUGUACCUGUAAAUGGUUGAGAUAUUUUGUCUAGUCUUCUGAUUUUUUAUUGCAAUUAAAAACCAGCUGGUAA